UGGCCUCCCCCCCAUUUCUGUGCAUCACCCACCCAGCCUCGUCCCUUCCCUGCCUGCAUCUCCCCCCAACCCAGCCUCACCAUGAGCUACAGCAGCGACCUGCUCUACCCCCCCUCCUCCUAUAAGAAGAUCUUCGGGGAAUCCCCUCGCCUCUCCAGCAGGGUCUACAACAGCUCAGCCGCUCCCCGGGCUGCCGGCUACCGCGCCCCCCAUGCCAGGGACUCCUACUCCUCCUCCUCCUCCGCCUCCUAUCGCAAGCUGGCCGUGCCCAGCUCCGUGGACCACCUGGAGCUGCUGUCCCAGUCCAGCGCGGUGAGCAACGAGCUGAAAAUCGUGCGCACCAACGAGAAGGAGCAGCUGCAAGGGCUCAACGACCGCUUCGUGACCUACAUCGAGAAGGUGCAUCAGCUGGAGCAGCACAACCGGCUGCUGGAGGCCGAGGUCUCGCUGCUGCGCCAGCGCCAGGCGGAGCCCUCCCGCCUGCAGCAGCUCUACGAGCAGGAGAUCCGCGAGCUGCGCUCGCAGGCCGAGGGGCUGCGCCACGAGCGGGACGAGGCGCACCUGGAGAGCCAGCGGCUGGCGCAGGGGCUGCAGCGCCUGCGGGAGCAGGGCCAGGAGGAGGCGCGCCGGCGGGAGGAGGCCGAGCUGGCCCUGCGCGAGUACAGGAAGGACGUGGACCACGCCACCCUGGCCCGGCUGGAGCUGGAGAAGAAGGUGGAGUCGCUGCUGGACGAGAUCGCCUUCCUCCGGAAGGUGCACGAGGAGGAGGUGGCGGAGCUGCAAGCCUCGCUGCAGGAUGCGCAGGUCUCUGUGGAGGUGGACGUGAGCAAGCCUGACCUCACGGCCGCCUUGAAGGAGAUCCGCAUGCAGUACGAGGUCCUUUCCGCCCGGAACCAGCAGUCCGCCGAAGAGUGGUACAAAUCCAAAUUUGCCAACUUCACCGAGGAGGCGGCUCGCAGCAGUGACAGCAUCCGCCAGGCCAAGGAGGAGAUCACGGAGUACCGGCGCCAGCUGCAGGCCCGCAACAUCGAGAUCGAGGCACUGCGGAAUGCCAACGAGUCCCUGGAGAGGCAGCUGCAGGAAGCGGAGGAGAGGAGCAGUGGGGAGAUCCAUAAUCUGCAGGAGACUAUUAACCAGCUUGAAAAUGCUCUAAGGACGACCAAGGGAGAGAUGGCUCGCCACCUCCGAGAGUACCAAGACCUGCUGAACGUGAAAAUGGCCCUGGAUAUUGAAAUAGCUGCAUACAGGAAAUUACUGGAAGGGGAGGAAACGCGGCUAAGCACCGUCAGCAGCGGGAACACCUUCGGCCUUGGCUACACAUUCUCGUCUAGCCCCUUCUCCGGCGCAAAAGCCUUCUCCACCAGCACGGUCACCGUCAGGAGGGAGGAGAAGCGAGACCUGCAGGAAAGCAUCAAGGAUCCCAGACUUUCAGAGGAGCCAAAGCCCGCUGAGGAAGAUCAGCCCGGAGAAGAGAAGGUCGAAGCCGCCCCAGCCAAGAACUAAACUGGAGUGAAAUCACUAUGCGUCUCCCCAAGGGGAAAAGGAGUCCCUCACAGGCGAGAGAUUAUGUUGUGUCCUAAUGUAGCCAAUUACAGUAACACUGAGCGGCAGCCUUGUCCAGUGGCUAGAGCUCCGGACUGGGACUCAGAGACCUGGGUUCUAGUCCCAGCUCUGCCACUGGCCUGCUGGGUGACCUUGGGCAAGUCACUUCACCUCCCCGUGCCUCAGUUUCCUCUCUCACCGUGUCUAUGUAGAUUGUAAGCUUCUCUGGGCAGGGACUGUCUCUGGCUAUGUGUUUGUACAGCGCCUAGCACAAUGGGGCCUCGAUCUCCGUUGGAAUCUUUGGUGCUACUAUAAUAAUGCUUGUAGAACAAAGGUAUGUAUGUGCGUCCCCUGCCCUCUCCAGGUUAGACUUCCAGGUCCUCAUCCCCUUCACACUGCACAUGGUGGUAAAACAUUCCAGUGACUUCAGCGGGGUCAGAAUUGGGCCCCUACAUAAGUGUCCAGGGCGUCAGAGCCCUGACCCCUCGCUCCCACACUCUGCAGUGCACCGUUAGCUGCUCCAACCCCCAUUCUCUCCGUUGCAGUUUAUAGAGUAGGCUCAGGUGAAUGGGAGGUUGGCUGGUGCAGCUAGACGCGCAGGGCCAAACCUUGGUCCCUGUUGAAGUAAAUAUUAAAACUCCCAUAGAUUCCAGGGGACCAUUUUAUUGGCCCAAAGCCUGGCAAACUUGGUCCAGUUGCCUGAAAGGGUUGGGAGCCAAAGCCAGUAAAUACCCUAUGGAAACCAAGUGGGUGUAAAUGGUUUGUUGAAAGGCCCCUAGACACACCUAUUAUUCAGCAAUAGCUAGAGCAGCGUUUCCCAAAUUGCAGGUACCACCCUGAAUAGGGACGGGACAUCAGCAGAUGGCGAUCCCUAGUGUUCAGAGGACACCCUUUUACGCUGCACAGCGUGACCUCGCACAUAUGGUGCGUACAAGGUCACGAUGCCCGGAGGGCGCCAUUUUGCUCUACAAAAUGGCUUCCUCCGCACAGUGAGCCCUCACAUGCACUGUAUGGAUGAGGUCACGCUGUGCAGAGGAUGCUAUAUGGCUCUUCAAAAUGGCAUCCUCCAGGCUGUCUGGGGUUCUGGGAGGAAACAAUUCAUUAAAAUGGGGUGAUGCCAGCAAAAAGUUUGGGAACCCUCACUCUACACCUCUUACACCUUGUUCUGCCUUUUCUGGGUCGUCUUAGCUAUACCAGCAAACCCUUUCUAGUGUCAAUAAGGCCAUGCAUGACAAGAGGAGAGAGAAUAGCUCUGCUUUAGGGCCAGAUUCAUUGACUCUCACUGAAUAGCACCUUACUCCAUAAGUGGUCUCAUUGGGGUACUAGCAAGGGUAUCAGUGUUUAAAAAAAAAAAAAGGGGGGGGGGUAUUAAGAAUCUGGCCCUUUAAGACAGAUUUUCACAAGAGCACACUUGGCAUGUUUGAUGGUGAGCUUUUCUGCCAAUCCGGCCAGGAUUUUGGAAUUUGCAAAUUUAGCCCUUCUUGAUUAAUAGUGGAUUUAUAGCUCUUCUUU